AUGAAGUGUCCAACAAUAUGGGGGUUGUUUGUGUGUGUCGGCUUUCUGCUGGCUUUGAUGGAUGUCACAGAAGCAAGGCCCAAAGCAGCUGGAAAUACAAGAUGCAAAUCUGGCCCAGUCGAUCUGGUCUUCAUCAUUGAUGGUUCACGCAGUGUUCGGCCACAUGAGUUCGAGACGAUGCUCAAAUUCAUGAUUGACAUCAUCAAAGAUCUGGAUGUUGGGCCUAAUGCUACCCAUGUUGGUGUUGUUCAGUAUUCCAGCCAAGUGCAAAACGUAUUCUCCCUUAAACAGUUUACUGAGCACCAGCAGAUGAUUAAAGCCAUUAGUGAGAUCAUCCCACUAGCACAGGGCACCAUGACUGGACUGGCUAUCCGUUAUACAAUGAAUGUUGCAUUCUCUAUUGAGGAAGGAGCUCGGCCCAAUGUGCCCCACGUGGCUGUAAUUGUCACAGAUGGCCGUCCACAGGACCGCGUGGCUGAGGUAGCUGCAGCUGCUCGAGAUGCUGGAAUCGAGAUCUAUGCCGUGGGUGUAGCCAGAGCUGACAUGACGUCUCUGAGGGCCAUGGCAUCACCACCUUAUGAGGAUCAUGUCUUCCAUGUGGAGACCUUUGAUCUCAUUCACCAGUUUGGACUCAAGUUCCAAGACAAGCUUUGCAAAAUGGAUCUUUGUAUUUCGUCUGACCAUGGCUGUGAUCAUAUCUGUGAGAGUUCUCCUGGCUCAUACCACUGUCUUUGCCUGCCUGGUUACACACUCGGCAGUGAUGGAAAGACCUGCAAUGCUAUCGAUCUGUGUGUGGAGGGGAAGCAUAACUGUGAGCAGAUUUGUAUCAGCUCUCCUGGCUUUUUCACCUGUGACUGCAAUACUGGCUACACACUCAACGAAGACAAGAGGACCUGCAAAAUGAUCGACUACUGCUCAUUUGGAAAUGAUAGCUGGUGUGUGAGUGUGCUUCAAAGGUUUUAUUGAUGCUGCUAUGAAGGACACACUCUUAACAAGGAUAAAACAAGUUGUACAAUGAUCAACUACUGCUCAUUUAGGAAUGAUAGCUGUGAGCACGAGUGUGAGAGUGUCCUCAAUGGCUUUAACUGUCGCUGUAGGGAGGGAUACACACUUAAUGAAGAUAGAAAGACUUGCACAAUGAUUGACUACUGCUCAUUUGGAAAUGAUGGUUGUGAGCAUAAGUGUGUGAGCAUCCUAAAUGGCUUUAAUUGUCACUGUAAUGAAGGAUACUUACUAAAUGAAGAUAAAAGAACUUGUACAAUGAUUGACUACUGCUCAUUUGGAAAUGAUAGUUGUGAUCAUGAGUGCGUGAGCAUCCUAAAAGGCUUUAAUUGUCGCUGUAAUGAAGGAUACUCACUCAAUGAAGAUAAAAGAACCUGUACAAUGAUUGACUACUGCUCAUUCGGAAAUGAUAGCUGUGAGCAUGAGUGCGUAAGCAUCCUAAAAGGCUUUUACUGUCGCUGUAAUGAAGGAUACUCACUCAAUAAAGAUAAAAGAACAUGCACAAUGAUUGACUACUGUUCAUUUGGAAAUGAUAGCUGUGAGCAAGAAUGUGUGAGUGUCCUUAAUGGCUUUUACUGUCACUGUAAUGAAGGAUACUCACUCAAUGAAGAUAAAACAACCUGCACAAUGAUUGACUACUGCUCAUUUGGAAAUGAUAGUUGUGAGCAUGAGUGUGUGGGUAUCCUUAAUGGCUUUUACUGUCACUGUAAUGAAGGAUACUCACUCAAUGAAGAUAAAACAACCUGCACAAUGAUUGACUACUGUUUGUUUGGGAAUGACAGCUGCGAGCACGAGUGUGUGAGCAUCCUUCAUGGCUUUUACUGUCGCUGUAAUGAAGGAUACUCACUCAAUGAAGAUAAAAGAACCUGUAAAAUGAUUGACUAUUGCUCACUUGGAAACCAUGGCUGUGAUCAAGAAUGUGUGGGUGUAUUAAAUGGAUUCUACUGCCGCUGCAACAAGGGAUACACACUUCAGAAAGAUGAAAAGACUUGCCAGAUGAUUGACUAUUGCUCAUUUGGAAAUCAUGGCUGUGAUCAAGUAUGUGUGGGCAUAUUAAAUGGAUUCUACUGCCGCUGCAAUGAGGGAUACACACUUCAGAAAGAUGAAAAGACUUGUCAGACAGAUAACCUGUGUAAUGUAAUAGAGCAUGGCUGUGAGUACCAGUGUGUGAGUACACCAGGAUCAUACCAUUGUAUCUGCCCUGAAGGUCAUCUUCUACAGGAAGAUGAGAAGAGCUGUGGAAGCUGCAGAUCAUCCAACAUAGAUUUGGUCCUUCUGAUCGAUGGCUCCAAGAGUGUCCGGCCACAGAACUUUGAACUUGUCAAGCAAUUUGUUAACCAAAUUGUGGACCAGUUAGAUAUCUCGGCUCAUGGUACACGCGUGGGUCUUGUUCAGUACUCCAGCCGGGUGAGGGCUGAGUUUCCACUCAACAUGUAUAAGAGCAAAGAUGAGAUCAAGGCAGCUGUGAUGAAAGUAUCAUACAUGGAAAAGGGAACCAUGACAGGGCUGGCAAUGAAGCACAUGGUGGAGAACAGUUUCUCAGAGGCAGAGGGUGCACGUGCUGCCUCAAAAAACAUCCCCAGGAUCGGGUUGGUUUUUACUGAUGGACGUUCUCAGGAUGGCAUAACAGAGUGGGCCAAGAAGGCUAAGGAUGCAGGCAUCACUAUGUAUGCUGUUGGUGUGGGCAAAGCUGUGGAGGAUGAGCUGAGAGAGAUCGCCUCUGAACCAGUGGACAAGCACUUCUUCUACACUUCUGACUUUACUGCCAUCAAUCAGAUUGCAGAGAACCUUAAACUCAAUGUCUGUCCUGAGGAGAGUCAGGGGAAAACUGAGGUGAAGGAUCCUUGUGUAUGUGAAAGCCUGGUGGAGUUUCAACAGGCUACCAUGAGCAGUCUGAACAAGCUUAACCAAAAAUUAUCAGCAAUGACUGCACGAUUGGAGCAUCUGGAGGAGCAGCUACUUGCAAAGAAAUAAAAUUGUUUAAUGGUCUUAAAGGGUUGAGUUUUUUUUUUUUUUUUAAAGCAGGACUGGACCUGAAAAGAUCUCAAAAUUGUUUUGCAAGUAUAAGAGAUGGAAAUAAAUCAUAUCUACAUCUGCAAGUAUAAAAUAUAACAAUGCAUUGUGUUUACAUUAACCUGGCAUUGCAUCCGAUUG